AUUUUGUUCAACAUCAAUCUCAAUACGUUUUUAUUUGGAACUUUCAGCCACUAUGUCAGCAGAAGUUCAAGCACCUCCAAAUGCAGCCGAGGAAAGCAACGGGCAUGACAAGCAUGCCGAUGACGGCGAAGGAGGAAUACAACAACCUGAUCAGAUGCAGAAGACAUUGCUCAACCUAGUGUUCCGCUCAAUGAAACGGACGCACGACAUGUUCAGUAGUGAUUACACGACAUUCCCGGAGUUAUCUGAAAAAGAUCUGAAUACACUGAAAUCUAUCAAAAAGCGAUGCGAGUAUGGAUCCGUCAUUAGACACGUCGAGGAGGCCAAAAAACGGCGAGAACAGGAGCUGUUAAAGCUGCCAGCGAGUCAACCGUCCGUCGCUAUCGGAUCAGUUAUAACUCCUACCGAUGGCCCCUUAGCUAUCACGGAUGGGACGGGAAAACCUGCACCCUCCUCUUCAUCUGCUCCGCAAGGGCAGAUUCUGAGUACGCUUCCGGUUGGAUCAAGUAGCAGUCGCGAAGAUACGACCCGGUCAUUACUUCCUCUUCGAGCACCUAUGAUGGUGAAGCCAAAGUGGCAUGCACCAUGGAAGUUGUACAGAGUCAUCUCAGGACAUACGGGAUGGGUGCGUGCAGUUGAUGUCGAGCCCCAGAAUCAGUGGUUUGCGAGUGGCGGAGGUGAUCGUAUAAUAAAGAUAUGGGAUUUAGCCUCAGGCAAAUUGCGGUUGUCCUUAACUGGUCAUAUCAGCUCGGUCCGAGCAGUGAAAGUUUCUCCAAGGCAUCCGUUCUUAUUCUCUGGAGGUGAAGAUAAACAAGUUAAAUGUUGGGAUCUUGAAUACAACAAGGUCAUUCGUCAUUAUCACGGACAUCUGAGUGCUGUACAAGCUCUCUCUAUCCAUCCCACAUUAGACGUGCUGAUAUCUUGUGCAAGAGAUUCUACGGCAAGAGUAUGGGAUAUGCGAACUAAAGCGCAGGUGCACUGCUUAAGUGGCCAUACUAAUACUGUGUCUGAUGUUGUAACCCAGGCGCCUGAGCCACAGGUAAUAACCUCAUCCCAUGAUUCGACAGUGCGUCUCUGGGAUCUUGCCGCAGGACGAUCUCUUUGUACUCUUACGCAUCAUAAGAAAUCUGUUCGAGCAUUGGUGUUACAUCCCAGAUUGUAUAUGUUUGCAUCGGCUUCUCCUGAUAACAUCAAACAAUGGAAAUUCCCUAGGGGAGAGUUUAUGCAGAAUCUUUCUGGACAUAAUGCAAUAGUUAAUUCUUUGGUCUGCAACGAGGACGGUGUUCUUGUGUCUGGAGGAGACAACGGAUCCAUAUGUUUCUGGGAUUGGCGUUCAGGUUUUUGCUUCCAGAAAAUACAAACAAAGCCGCAGCCGGGAUCUAUUGACUCUGAGGCUGGUAUAUAUGCGAUGUGUUAUGAUAAAACUGGCUUACGUCUCAUUACUGGAGAGGCUGACAAAACCAUCAAAAUGUACAAAGAAGAUGAAGAGGCGACAGAAGAAACACAUCCUAUCGUAUGGCGGCCUGAAAUUGUCAAAAAGAAAAUUUACUGAUCUGGCUGUAUUAUUUAUGUGAUCGAAAGAUUCUUGUUGUUGUAUGUCCAUGAAAAUAAAUUCGUCUCCGUC